AUGAAUCCAAACCCCACCUACCUCGCCAACGCGGCCCGUCACAUGGCCACCCUCGAGCGGGACCUCCGAUGCAACAAGGCAGUUCUGAAAUGCCGCCUCCGGGAGCUCCGCCGUGCCGGCGAGGAUCUCCGUAGCCACCGCACCCUUCUACAAGACCACGGAUACCUCUUCGAUGUAGAAGCCACUCUGUUCGAACGCGAUGUACUGACAGUCCGUUUUGAACUUACCGUCCGUUCACACAACGAUCUCACAAUCCUGGAAAGCGAGGCGAUGGAUAUCGUCCACGAUUUACGGAGAAUCCAGCACAUGAUCCUAUGGGAGAUCGAGGGCCUCAAGAAGCUCAUGGAGGGAAACGAGGCAAACUGGGUGUAUUCUCACUGUUCUUCCAGCCUGUUCUGGCUCUGCGUCAAGAUCAUCUGUGACCCGACCGGGAAUUCCUCGAACUAG